AUGUUUGCCUGUGGAGCGAUUCCAGGCGAUAAGGAACCAGUGACUUCCCUGCUGAUCAGUGACGUGUCUCGCUGCAGGCACUAUAACUUCUAUCUUCCACAGACCAUCACUGGCUCAGGGAACAAGAGCUCAGACAACAUUCAGGAAAAACCACAAGCCUCUCUCACAUUCAAAGAAAAAGAUAACAUCACUCUGACUUGUGAUUUUUAUACUAGCCGCCCAGAACAGAGCUUUAUUAUGUACUGGAUCAGAGUCAGUAAAACAAGUGAAUGCCUUUUUUCUGCUACAACUGAAGACCUGUCCCCAGACUUGACUGUUAUGAAGCACUGCUGCAUUGACCAAGACAUCCAGGCAAGACUGUUUUCCACUGCAAACUUCAGUUCUGAGCACAAAAGCCACAGCAUGACUAUUGUGAACACCACAAGUGCUGACUGUGGGAAAUACUUAUGUGUUGUUGCUAUGUGGCAGAAUGGCAAAUACAAGUGGCAAGUUGCUAGGAACUGGACAGUGGUGCUUCAGAAAGACCCAGCGGCAGCUAUGCAGUGGUAUAUCAUCUCUGGAGCUGUAGCUGGGAUUAUUUUUCUCAGCAUGAUAGUAGGACUGAUCUACCUGAGGAUACUCAAGUCAAAAGGUUCCCCAUAUGCAGUGAGUGGUAGCAGUGACAUGCACAGAAAGGAGACCCUUUAUUCCUUAGUAACAAGGACUUCUACAGAGCCAAAUGGGACCUUUUCUAGCCCAGAUAACAGCAGAGCUCCUGGGGCAGGACAGGGAGCAGAUACUUAUACGAAUCCUGAUUAUGUAUUUAUUCCUGUGUUUAAAGAGUCCCUGCAAGGAGAAUUUCAAAGGAAGCUGUAUAAGGAGCUGCUGAAGAACUACAACCCUCUGGAACGACCAGUGGCCAAUGAUUCCCAACCACUCACUGUCUACUUUACUCUCAGCCUCAUGCAGAUCAUGGACGUGGAUGAAAAGAAUCAAGUAUUAACAACAAACAUCUGGCUACAAAUGUACUGGACAGAUUAUUAUUUACAGUGGAAUGUGUCCGAAUACCCUGGAGUGAAGAACGUCCGUUUUCCUGAUGGCCUGAUAUGGAAGCCAGAUAUUCUUCUCUAUAACAGUGCUGACGAAAGAUUUGAUGCUACAUUUCAUACAAAUGUUUUAGUCAAUUCUUCAGGACAUUGCCAAUAUCUGCCACCAGGCAUAUUUAAAAGCUCAUGCUACAUAGAUGUGCGCUGGUUUCCAUUUGAUGUUCAGAAGUGUAACCUGAAGUUUGGAUCCUGGACCUAUGGAGGUUGGUCCUUGGACUUACAAAUGCAAGAAGCAGACAUUUCUGGCUACAUUUCAAAUGGGGAGUGGGAUUUAGUAGGAGUUCCUGGGAAGAGAACUGAGAGUUUUUAUGAAUGCUGUAAAGAACCUUACCCAGACGUAACGUUCACAGUCACUAUGAGACGCAGGACUCUCUAUUACGGACUCAAUCUUCUCAUUCCCUGUGUCCUGAUAUCAUCACUUGCCUUACUAGUUUUUCUGCUUCCAGCGGACUCAGGAGAAAAGAUCUCACUAGGUAUAACAGUUUUAUUGUCUCUCACUGUCUUCAUGUUACUUGUGGCUGAAAUUAUGCCAGCAACAUCUGAUUCUGUGCCAUUAAUUGCCCAGUAUUUUGCCAGCACUAUGAUUAUUGUGGGUCUUUCUGUUGUUGUCACUGUCAUCGUGCUGCAAUAUCACCACCACGAUCCAGAUGGGGGGAAAAUGCCUAAAUGGACCAGGAUCAUUCUUCUGAACUGGUGCGCUUGGUUCCUGAGGAUGAAGAGACCAGGGGAAGACAAAGUGCGUCCUGCCUGUCAACACAAACAGCGGCGGUGCAGCCUGUCGAGCGUGGAGAUGAACACCGUGAGCGGGCAGCAAUGCAGCAAUGGGAACAUGCUCUACAUCGGGUUUAGGGGGCUGGAAGGGGUUCACUGCACCCCCACCACUGAUUCAGGGGUGAUCUGUGGGAGGAUGACCUGCUCACCAACAGAAGAAGAAAACCUGCUGCACAGCGGCCACCCUUCUGAAGGUGACCCGGAUUUGGCUAAGAUCUUGGAAGAGGUCCGCUACAUCGCAAACCGAUUCAGAGACCAGGAUGAAGAGGAAGCCGUUUGCAAUGAAUGGAAGUUCGCAGCCUCUGUAGUGGAUCGACUCUGCUUGAUGGCUUUUUCAGUCUUUACUAUCAUUUGUACAAUUGGUAUUUUAAUGUCAGCACCAAACUUUGUAGAGGCCGUCUCUAAAGAUUUUGCCUAACUCCUAGCUAAAACAUGAUUCUCUGAGGUAUGAUAUGUAGCAAAUCAGAUUGGUUUUUCUUUACUUAAUUGAUUUUUUCAAUAAUAUUCUGCUUCCUACUGUCCUCAUUCCUUUGUCCCCUCUUGCACCUACCCCUGGCCCGCAGCUCCCUGCAAACAGAGCAGUGUUUCAACAAACAUGCUGCCUGGGAGAGCUCUUUGGCCCACCCUGCUGAGGAGGGGCAUGCAGGGCAGCCCCCCAGAAUGACGUUGCAUUGCACCCAAAUUUAACCAAAUGGCUGCUUUAAAAAGUAAUAGGUAGGCAAUGUCAGAAAGGUAAUUUCUUCCUAACUUUGUUUUAAAAGAAUGAAGGUAGCC